CUUAUGAAAGCAUUUUUUUUUUUUUUUGCUCAAUAUAUGCUUCUUGUUAUUAAAAGCAAAAGGUUUGAGAUUAUUGAUGCAAUCUUGGCUACUACUUCUUGUAUUUGCUUUAUUGUGGGAUCUUCAUUACUCCUCCAAGUUUAAUCUCCUUUAACUUAACAGCUAAGUUUGAACUUCUUUUUUAUUUGUGUUUUCUCAAUUUGAAAACAAAGUAUUCUGUUCUAACUUCCUGUUUUUAGUUAUCAGAUAAUCUUUUUUCCUCUUGUUGCAAGAAAACUUGUUCUUUGGUUUAUCCUGAAAUUCUAGUACCAUUUCAUAAUUACUCUCUCUAUAUAUAGAAAGAUAUAUUUUAUUUAGAACUUAUAAUGAUAUUUUAGAUAAAUAUGGUUUUCCAUCUGUUUCUUCUGAUAAGUAGUAACAAUGCCGAACUUUGUUGAUUCGUUUCCGUCGAACGAGUCGAGAUUCGGUUGUGAUAUUCGAUCACAGAAGGCUUAAUUUUCAGCUUGAUCUUUAUGAGUAUGGUUUGGCUUCUUUUAGUACUUCUUUGUGUUCAAGGAAUUUCAGAAGGGGCCUCAAGAAAUGAAGUGGUGAAAGUUGGAGCUAUAUUUUCACUUAGUUCUGUCAAUGGGAAAGUUUCCAAGAUUGCCAUUGAAGCUGCUGAGAAAGAUGUGAAUUCUGAUCCAAGUGUUCUUGGUGGAAGAAAGCUAUCUAUUUCCAUACAUGAUGCAAAUUAUAGUGGAUUUCUUGGUAUAACAGGAGCAAUGAAAUACAUGGUAUCUGACACAGUUGCUAUCCUUGGUCCAGAAGACUCUACAAUGGCCCAUAUACUUUCCCAUCUUUCUAAUGAACUCCAUAUCCCAUUAUUGUCAUUUACAGCAUUAGACCCAACACUUUCAUCUUUGCAAUAUCCAUACUUCAUUCAAACAGCUCCAAAUGAUCUGUUCCAAAUGAAUGCAAUUGCUGAUAUGAUUCAUUAUUACAGUUGGCACGACGUCGUCGUAGUUUUCACCGACGACGAUCAAUGUCGAAACAGUAUGAUUGCAUUAGGUGAUAAACUUGAAGAGAGAAGCUUGCAAAUUUCCUCUAAAGUCCCACUUCCCCCUUACCCAACAGCAACAAGAACUGAAGUUCAAGAUGCACUGACAAAGAUCAAAAUGAUGGAAUCUCGAGUAAUCGUAUUGUACACGUUUUCGAAAACUGGUUUCUUGGUUUUCGAAGUGGCUCAAAGCCUUAAAAUGAUGGAAGCUGGUUAUGUUUGGAUAACUUCUAGUUGGCUAUCAACAGAACUAGAUUCUACUUCAUCACUUCCUUUGAAAAUUGCCAACUCUAUCCAAGGAGUUCUUACACUUCGUCUACACACGCCCAAUUCGAAAAGUAAGCGAUCGUUUAUGUCGAGAUGGAACGAGCUGAGUAAUGGCUCAUCAAUUGGGUUGAAUACAUAUGGCCUAUAUGCUUAUGAUACUGUUUGGAUGAUAGCAAGAGGAGUGAAAAAGUUAUUGGAUCAAAAUGGCACUAUCUCAUUCUCCAAAGAUACAAAAAAUGCUGGUAGUCUUAGUGGAGAGACCUUGGAUUUUAGUUCACUAAGAAUCUUUAAUGAAGGAAAUGAUUUACUUAACAAUUUAUUGAAUAUUAGAAUGACUGGUUUAACAGGGCCUAUUCAGUUUCUAGAUAAAUCCCCUUUACAUCCUUCAUAUGAUAUCUUAAAUGUUGUGAGAUCUGGUUUGAAGAGAAUUGGAUAUUGGUCUAACUAUUCCGGUUUAUCUGUCGUGGCGCCCGAAACGUUGUAUGGAAAAUCAAUUAAUCGUUCUAUGUCAACCGAUCAGUUAAGCAGCACAAUGUGGCCUGGGGGAUUGGCAACAAAGCCACGUGGUUGGGUUCUUCCGCUCGAUGGAAGGCGGUUAAAAAUCGCCGUUCCACGAAGAGUUAGUUAUCAGGAAUUCGUGACACCGGGAAAUGGAAACGGAACAAUCAAAGGAUACUGUAUUGAUGUGUUCAUUGCUGCUAUCAAUUUGCUUCCAUAUGCAGUUAAUUAUGAGUUCAUUUUGUUUGGAGAUGGUGAGGAGAAUCCUAGCUACCUUGAACUUGUAAAUAAAGUUGCAUUGAAAGAAUUUGAUGCUGCUGUUGGUGACAUUGCAAUCGUGACUAGCCGGACGAAGAUGGUUGAUUUUACGCAGCCGUAUAUCGACUCGGGGCUAGUAGUUUUGGCCCCUAUGAAGAAGGUGAAUUCAAGUCCUUUGGCAUUCCUUCGCCCAUUCUCACCAAUGAUGUGGGCUGUCACAGCAGCAUUUUUCUUCCUCAUUGGAUUAGUUGUGUGGAUACUGGAACAUCGGACAAAUGAAGAAUUUCGAGGACAUCCUAGGACACAAUUCGUCACAAUCCUCUGGUUUGGCUUCUCAACUAUGUUUUUUGCACAAAGAGAAAACGUUGUGAGCACACUCGGUCGCUUCGUGAUUGUCGUGUGGUUUUUUGUGGUUCUAAUUAUCACCUCGAGCUACACCGCUAACUUGACAUCGAUAUUUACAGUACAACUAGCCGAGUCACCUAUCACAGGAAUUGAUUCAUUGAUAUCUAGCAAUGUGCGUAUAGGAUUUCAAGUUGGUUCAUUUGCUGAAAGUUAUUUAAGUGAGCAACUUAAUGUCCAAAAAUCUAGGCUCAUUGCUCUUGGAUCCCCAGAAGAGUAUGCUGCUGCCCUCAAGAAUGGGACCGUCAGCGCUAUUGUCGACGAGCAGCCAUACAUCGAUCUCUUUCUCACCGAGUAUUGCGAUUAUUCGAUACAAGGUCAACAGUUCACCAAAAGUGGAUGGGGAUUUGCAUUUCCACGAGACUCUCCAUUAGUGGUAGAUUUAUCGACCGCCAUACUCACUCUAUCAGAAAAUGGCCAUCUUCAAAAGAUUCACGACAAGUGGUUCUCAAGAAAAUCUUGCAGUUCUGGAGAUUCCGAACUCGAUUCCGAGCAACUUCACUUGCAGAGCUUCAUCGGAUUGUUCUCCAUUUGUGCCGGUGUGUGUUUAUUCUCUCUUUUGCUCCAUUUCUUCUACACAAUGUGCCAAUUCAAUCGCCAUUUGAAGAAAGAUCCAGAAGCUUCGACCACCGGUGGCGAUGGCCAUGGCGAUGGCGAUGGCGUUGGCGGUUCCUGCCCUACGCGGCUGCGAAAAUUCUUUAAGUUCGCAGACAAGAAGAAGGAAAGAAAGAUGAGCUAUUCGAAGAGAAAGAUCGAAGAUAGAGAUACAGUCUCGAGUGAACGUGGAGAAGGUUAGGUUUUUGCAAAGUUCAGAUCUCGAAGAAUCGAUUGAUUCUCUUAUCAUUUUGUUUUUUUGUUUUAAAGUCGCAACUUCAAUUAGCGACUAUACCCUUUUUUUUUUUUUUUUUUUUGUGGGAGGGGUGUUGUUUUUGUAUUUGAAUCAUUGAGUAUGAUAAAUGCAUAUUUUUGUUCCCUCUUUAUGUAAUUAGGCUUGAAAUAA